AUGAAAAAGUUGAAUCUUCAUAUGAAGUUCAUGGGUAAGAAGAGAUUGUUGAAGCUUGUUGAGCUUAAUGAGUUUCAUCUCCAUGCUUACGAGAAUGCCAAAUUGUACAAAGAAAAGACUAAGAAAUGGCAUGACAAGCAUAUCAUUGACAGAGUUUUGGAACCUGGACAGCUUGUUUUGUUGUUCAAUGCGAGGUUGAAAUUGUUUUCGAGUAAGUUAUGGUGUACUGAUUUUUCGACUAUGAAAAAGGCAUAUCUUCAUCCAGAGCAAAGUCAUAAUGCGAGUACCAUGAUACGGAUAGGCCCUAAUUUUAUAGAGCCUUUUGAUGAUGAUUUUUCUACUGGCAAAGAGUGCCAGCUACGUGAUUCUAAUUCGAAGUCAGAGGAGGCAGAUGCAGAUGAUGAUCAUCCAAACUUAGGAGUAGCUGCCUAUGGCCCAGAAUCUAAUGAUGACAUAGAUGACAUAUGA